UUGCAGAAAUGGAAUGCAUAGCUUAAUUCAGUCUACAUUUAAAUCUUAAAACUACAUAUAUAUACAAUAUAGUAGGCGAUACUUUUUUAAUAAACUUACAAUAUUGUUAUUAUAGGCCUAUACGAUACAGUUAAAAUUUACCAUAUAUCACCUAUAGAAAAUAGAGAAGAGCAUGGUGAUGGGACUUGCGGGUCAGAGAGGGCUAUUGUUAUUGAACUUCACAGCGGCUGCAGUAGAGGGCGCUGUUCAGUCGGUUUUUAACAAAUCAAAUCUAGUCUAUUGUGGACAGUUAGAUGAUAAUCUGAUUAGAGUCAAGUAGAUUAGACAGGCAGCAAACGUCGAUAGCAACGACAUGCGACGCAAACAGCGUUAAAAUGAUUGUAUUGGCAUACUUACCGUCUCGUAGACAGCUUUUGGGCACAUCUACUUGACGAUUUGUGCAGUGAAGAAGAUUGUCUCGGUCACGGAUAUUUUAAUGAUCAUCAGAAACUGUGACCUCUCGUUUGCUCAGUGCCUCACUGAAAAAGUAAGUUCAAAACAUUUUUGCUUUCUAUUGGUGGGUAUAUCUGACCUGGAUAUGAUAACACUGUAGUUCGUGUUUAAAUAUUAGGCUAUUUAAAUAUUCUGAAUUGUUAUAGCCUAUUUUACGGAUUACGAUCUGCCACGUGAGAUAUGCAAUAAACAGAGCUAUGCAACAAAAUAUAGACGUUUACCUGAAAAACCAGAUCGCCUUUGUGUUUAGAUAACAUUUUGUAUUUUAUAACAUAUUUUACAUAUUCUCAUGUUACAUUUUAUUUAAUUAUUAUAAUUAAUUUAUUCCACAGUCAAUCAUUUUCCAAAUUAAGAUCUCAGAUGAGACAAAAUGCCACGUGCAGCCAAUUCAAAUCCAUGGAGUUUCUCUGAUUUACUGGGGCAGAGGAGUAUUCUUGGAGUUGUAGUUUUGAUUGCAUGGUUAGUUCUGUUCCAUCUUCUGGUGAAUGUGUGGCUGUUGUGCAUCUUCACCAGUUUGUUGGUCGUACUGGGUGGAUGGCUGGGAUCUCGUGUGGCUUUGGAUGCCAACAGCCUCCUUCAUUUGGAGCACUUUCUGCCGCUGCGUCAGUCCCCUGAAGUUCACACGACAUCAGAGAGUGAACAAAGACUGGACUGGGAGAUUCAGAGUGCCGUUGAUAAGGCUGUGCGGGACUUUGUGUCAUCAUGGUACUGCAGUUCUGUGUCUAAAGGAGGGGAUGAGUUUGAAUGGGAGGUGAUGGAUGCCAUGCUGGAAGCAGCAGCUGAACUGAAGAGGAGGGCGAUGCAGGUGGACCGGAGAGCGCUGGCCCAGAGGGUUCUAGAGCUCUGCGGAUGCCAUCUACAGAGCUUUAGCCAAGCCAAGGAGCUCCAACGCACAAUGCAAGAAGAGUCUGAUCAAAUGUUUUCAAACCCACAAAAACUAUGGAGAUUGUAUAGUAAUGCUGAUUUCCCUCAUCCUGCCCUGACUGGCCCAGCUAACCAGCUCUGCUACACCAGAGCACUGGUGGAUCUCCUCAUGCACGUGCUUAUUCCCAAAUCUCACUUGGAAACAAGAACAGGCCGGUACAUGGUGGGAGAGCUCAUCACCUGCAAUGUCGUCCUGCCCCUCGUGGCAAGAAUAUCCAAUCCAGAUUGGUUAAACCAGACCAUUGUGGAUGUGUUCACCCAAUCCACUGACAAAGAAGCACCAAGCCCACAGCAAACACCUCCUGAAGAUGAAGAAGAAUCUGUUGGCAGCUUCUGGGAUUGUGACUCCCCUGUUACUUUCAACUGUCCCGAAACCUCCAGCAUGCAGACAGCUUGGUCUGAAUCCACAGCCCCCCUUCAUGAAUCAUCUGAAACAAGUUUCCAGAGUCAGUGGUCCUCUGAUGAAAAUGUACCAGGGGCGAGAAGUUCCAGCAUUCUUUUUCCAGAAAAAAUUACCCAAAGUGCAGCCGAACUGCUCAGAUCUCCUUACCGCACCAGCCGCCUCUAUAGACACACUGACUACGACCUGGAUUCACCCUCUUCAGAUGAGAGAAAGCUAUCUAGUGAGUCUUUAAAACGAACAGACACAGAUGAUGAGAACUUCUGCGACUGCAUGUCACCUUCAGACUUUUGUGGCCUGGUUUGUCUGGAGGAAGACACGUUGGGCCUUUUGGGCAAGUGUUUUAGGCAAAACGUGAUCAUUUCAGAGCCUCCAUCACCAGAGAGUACAUUGGAUGAGUGUCCAGUCCAACCCCUGUCUUACACAUCAAACUCCAUACCCAGAAGCCUUGGUCUGGACUCGUUAGUCUUCGAUAACUUGGGAAAUCUAGAGGGACCGGUAACUAUUCAGAACUUGCAAAUCACUGGGACAAGCACAGCCAAAGAGCAAAGAAGCAACAGCAUUCAUCCUUAUACUCUUUACACUAUAAAGUAUGAAACUGUUGGAGAAUCAGAAGGUUCAAAGUCUGAUCAGCCUGCUGUUUAUCAUAUGGUGAACCGGCGUUACAGUGAGUUCCUCAAUCUGCAGACCCGUUUGGAGGAAAGGCCGGAUCUCAGGAAGGUGAUCAAAAAUGUCAAAGGUCCAAAGAAACUCUUCCCAGACCUCCCAUUCAGCAACCUAGACACAGACAAAGUGGAAGCCAGGAGAAGCCAACUGGAAUCAUUCCUCAGGAAACUGUGCACAAUCCCAGAGGCAGCUAACAGUGAGGAGGUGCAUGCAUUUCUCGCCCUCAACACUGAUGCCACAGCAGCUUUUCAGAAGAAGCCAUCAAGUUCACGAAUAGACAAGAUGGUUGAGAAUAUAGUGGACACUCUGAAGACUGCAUUUCCACGCUCAGAACCCCAGAGCCCCACAGAAGAAGGAGACCCACAAAGAAAACCCCGUCUGAGAUUCUCCAGUAAAAUAGCUCCUACUCUUAACGUUCCAAGCCUGCAACCUAAUGUGACAUACUCUUUCAGUGAACGCUGCUCAGUUCUUCGAGGUUUCUCCAUGUCGGAUCUGGAAGGGUUUGUGGAGGAACAGGAGAAGCAGGUCGACGAGGGUGUCAAGAGUCAUUAUGCAGGAGGAAGACACAUGAGAGAGCAGGGAUCUGUCGAAAAAAGAGGAAGAGGGGCAGACACUGCUCUGGCAGAUAUCGCUCUGAAUAUCUUGUGCUUGCUGAUGAAGCACCAGUGGAGCUGGCUGUGUACAGAAAACAUCCAGAAAACCAUCAGACUGCUCUUUGGCACUUUUAUUGAAAGCUAUUCGUUCAAGUGGAUCAACUUGCCACAGAAUAAUCAUGAAAGCUUUCUGUCGGCUGUUCCAGAACCGGGGAGUUUCUCCGGUGCUCAGCUGGACAGUAAUCUUGGAACUUAUGGCUCUCUGUGGUUCAAAGCAUGAACGGUAUUGGCAUCACUGGGGAUGGAACUUCUUCAAACAGGGUUAUUAUGUAACCGUUUUGGUCCAUUUGCUUCCUUCUCUGUACACUCAAUGUGUGUGGAGUGCCUUGGCUUCAGCAUACACUCUUCAUGCUUUGCACAUGUACUGUAGAAGAGUGCUGAUACACAAAAAUAGACUGAUCAUAAUCUCUGACUUGCUGGAAUGUUAGAAUACUACAGGCACAUACUUGUUUAUUUGAUAAGUAAACAUAAUUUUAAGUGGCAUGGCAUUAAAUGCCUUGCUCAAAGUCGAAAUAAAUACUUACCAAAUAUGUUUUUUUUGCACGCUAUUGAUCUUAUUGAAUGAACAACCGUUCAUAUUUUAGUUUUUGACCUUGUAAUGUCAAAUCAAAGCUCCCCUUCAUUUUUACAAUUGACUGCAGGUUAAAAUUCAGCUAGCUUACUGCUAUCCAAUCAACAAACAAAUUUUUAUUUUCAUUUCAAAUCUUUCAUUCAGAUCUAUGUCACAAUGCAGAAGAAAAGAUCUGUCUUCAUAUAUGGGCUGACAUUAAGGGCCCUACAAUGAUGCCUGAGCAAAGUUAUUAUUAUUCUAAAACCUAUAAAAGAUGGUUUGUUUUAGAAAUGUUCAUAGGUUUUUCAUAGGUGACUUUACAUCUCCCAAUGAAUAUUUAUGUCACAGCUGGGCUUCGUAUCUUGCAAUUGUUUAUUAUUAUCGUCAGCCCAGUGAUUUUAGCCAGUGCAACCCAGAAGGUGACAGCUUAUACUUCCAGUUGAAAUUCCAAGUUUUGUAGAAUAUACUGUGCAGUUUAGCUGCCUACAAACGAAUGCCCACACAGGGUACAUUUUGCACUUGCACACCAGCAUUACCGCCCAAGACGAUCAAACUGCUCCAGUCUUUUGUCAGCGGGGUGCUGCUGGCCGAGAAUAAAAUGUCCCACUGGAAAUGCAAACCAAACGUGGGCCGGGAAUGUUCUUGCUGUGUACACUGACAUUACUAUGAAGUCACUGGGUUAGGAUGCAUUGGUCUUUUUGAUUUCAGUACUGACUAGAUCCUGUUUCAUCCAGUUGCUGGAUUUGGAGAUGCCCAUUAAAUGUGGUGGCAUAAACACCACAGUGGGUUGUAUAUUUCUGCAGCAGACCUCAUGUCACCACUAGAGCAUCUUGGCUGAAUACUGUUUGGUCCUUAUGGUCUGUGUUUGUGGAAAUCAUCUGUUCUGAUGUUUUCAUUCUGUUUUCAUGUUGCAUUAUGCCAAUUAAUUGAACCUAAUUCCGAGAACUCCAUCAUGUGUGUGUCUAGUAGUAUAAAUCAUGGAUUGGGUAGUAAAAAGACAGUAUUUGCGGGUUCCUGAGAGCUUGUGUUAUACUGAAAUGAACGCACCUCUGCAAAAAAUUAUCAUUAAAAAAACCUUGCUCUUUUCAUUACGACAAGAUUUCUUCACUUUAUAGUAUUAUACCACAGUUGGCUGACCUUUCACAGCUGACACUUUCCAGAUUUGCUGGAAAUGAUUUUGAACAGAUGUAGAUGGCUUACUGCAUGAACUCAUUUACACAGUAACUGUAAAAUCCUAGGUCAAGUGAGCAGGUCCCAGUAGAUCCACACAUACUCGAGAUCAUUCUGUGCUCUGAUGCUGAAGAGGAAAAAAAAAAAACCUAGAUGCUCCUCAGCUUAGUGUUGUGUGUUUUUACAGUUUUUUCUAUAAAACAUGUCAGGAGACAUCUAAAUAGCACAAACACAGACAUUCACAUGCACUCAAUGUUGUUAACCAUCAGCGUAUUGCUUUAGUUUGGACCACAAGGGGGCAGCACACACCGACAAGGUCUUUGUCUUCACGAAGGGGUUAUCUUCUGCAAGGGGUUAUUUUAUGUCUUAGGUAUGACUUGAGAGUACAGACUGGAACUUCCUUUGUUCACAAUAUAAAUAAUUAACUUAACUUAGAGUUUUUUAGACAUGUCUUUUUAUUUUUGCCAGACACUUGCCUUUUUGCUAGGUGAUCUGAAAAAUGGGCUGAUUGAGUCUGACAGGUAGCCAAAUCAAAUUAGAUCAGUGGCUCUGUCAGCUGUCUUUAAUCUUUAGUCAGUGGAGAUGUAAAAACACAGCACAGGAUAUAAUAAAAUACAGCUAAAUAAUGGCAAAGUUGUCUGAACUUCACCAUUUUUUACACUUUUGCCCAUUGAACAAGUGUGCUAUGUGGUAUUGUUUUCUGACCUCACUGAUUGUAUUUAUAUAUUUACAAUUGAAUAGUUUUACAUUUUAUUACCUUUAAACUCUAGAUCCUGUUGCCAAUCCUACGAUGGCAAAGAAUUUUUAGUUACUCCAGUCUUCAGUGUCACAUGACCCUUCAGAAAUCAGUCUAAUAUACUGAUGUGCUGCUCAAGAAAUAUUUCUUAUGAUAAUCAUCAUUGAAAACAAUUGUGCUGUUUUAGAAAUGUAUGGAAACCACGAUUUCAUUAAAGAUGUUGAAGUGUGUGCAGCGUUUUUUGUGUGUGUGUGCAGUGUUCUUUUGCCUUUCUCUUUCUGUCCGUUUCUUUUACACACACACGGACACAGAGAUUGCUGGAUAAAAACCUGUCUGUCAAGGGUUCAUAUUUGAUUAUUUUUUCUAUGUGUACUUGUACUAGAACAUAUUGUAUAACCCAAUGCUUUUAUGGUUUCUGUGUUAUCUGAACUAAUGCCUCGCCAUAUUUUCUUUUAUGUCUUGGCAGAAGACUGUGUGAUGAGAAUCAAAAACAAUAAAACAUUGCUUUUAAAGUGAGAUGAGGUUAAAGAACACAAUGUGGGAAUGAAUGAAAGUCAUGCUUAAUGUCAUAUUUUGCAACUUGUGUGGAAGUACAGUACUUUUUUAUUGUGAAAGAAGUGAUUACAUGUCACGUCUCAAAAUUUCUUCUUCAGUAUGAUUCAGUGCAGACUGUCAGUCAGGUGUUAACAGAAAUUCUGUACGUCGCUUUAACACAAACGGCUGCUUUGUUAUUGUUUCCUAGUUUAUGAAUCAUAAGCACAAUUUUUGUGGUUUUCAUUAGCCAUUGUUGUCUUAUUCAUACUCACCCUACAUUUUAAAGCUUACCCUAUUGCAGUGAAACUGUUAAGUAGGCCUACACAUAUAAAGUAAUAUGACUAAAGAAGAAAAUCCUAUCGUUUCCUCACUUUUUGCAGUCCCUACAUUGAUUACUAUUUCCUCUGUGCAGCAUACCUGUUUGUUUAGUCUGUGUCUAUGCAUGCACAGGUGUGUGUUUGAAUGAGACAUCGAGGGUAUGUGUUUGUGUGCUAGUUUCCACAGAAAAGCAUCUCAAGUAAUACAUAUCAAUUGUAUUUAGUUCGGAACUACAGUUUCCCACAAUAUACUACACACAAACAUACACACAGAAACAUAGAGUAAACACAUCAUUCUAGACGCUAUUUCUGGAGAGGAGGCACGCAACCCUGGAGACCGGUUUAGUCCUCCACUGUCAGUCACACAGAUGACAUGCAAACAGCUCAGGGGACACGUGCGCCACAUGGCAGACGAAUGGAAAAAUAAGAGAUAUGUUCAGCCAGCUGUUAGUAGAACACUGGCCCCUCCUGACCUAAUGCUUUCUAACUCCCAUGCAAUUGUGGAGUUUAUUUUGUUUCCUUUUGCCCGGUUUUCAAGUGCGCAGAUCUGUUUUAGUGGUGAGGCUUGACAUGCAUAAUAUUAGCCUUGAGAUUUCAAAGAAAGUAACAUAGGGAUAAAGAUAGAAGUGAUGACAGGGCCCAGCUGGAGUGACAAUGAAUAGGUUACAGUCCAGAGCAGUUGUCAUUCGAGACACAUGUAUCACAUUUUCAGACAGGAGGAGUGUAGGUGCUGAAGUCUUUGUAAAGACUUUGACUUGAACUGCAUAUGCUAUUACAUAACCGAUUUUAAAUGAAGAUUUUUUUUUUAGUCGUGGCCACAUUGGGACUGACAGUUGAUAUAGAUUUCAUCAUUAGAUGAAGGUUUACAAACUCUCAUUUUCCCUCAAUUCCCAUACAUUUUGGUAUUAUGGCAAUUUAGAAAAUUUCACCCUCUCUACUAAUACUUAUUUAUUGAAAGAAACCACUUAUAUUAUAAUGAAAAAUGUCUUUCAGGGCUAUACUGUCACACUAUGUGUCUUCGACUUGCUAAAAAGAAUCAGCUCAUAAGAAUAGUUUUUUUUCUGGAAUCCGCUGGUCAUGCUGUAUGAUUUUGAUUCCUUAAAAAGAAUCUGCUUUUACGAGUCGCUUGUUUUGGGAAUCUGGCUACUCUGAUCAAUCUGUAUGGUUUUUUUGAUUCACUAAAAAUAAAACGUUGAAACGUUUGUUUGGGAAUCAAGCUACACUUUUCAUGAUAUGUUUUUAAUACACUAAAAAUAACUGGCUGACGAGUUUUUUGUUUGUUGGGAAUCAAGCUAUACUGGUUACCCUGUAUGUUUUUAAAUCACUAAACAAUCAUUUGUUCAUGAGAAUCGUUUACUUGUGACACUGAUCAUGCACUGUUUUUCAUUCACUUUAAAGCUUACACCACCCCAAAAUGAAUUUUUUUCAUCAGUCACUUACCCCCAUGUUGUUCCAAACCUUUAAAAACUUUGUUUGUUUUUGGGGAUACAAAUUUAAGAUAUUUUGGAUGAAAACCGGGAGGCUUGCGACUGUCCCAUUUCAUCAAGUAUUCUUGUUGCUUCAUAAUGUUAAAGUUGAAACACAGAUGGCAGAUGGAGUAUUCUGACAAUGUCUUUAAUACUGUUUUGGAUCUUGACAGUGUUAUUUACUUGGCAGUCAAUAGGACCUCCUUGUUUGAACAAAGAUGACCCGAAGAUGAACAACGGGUUUGGAACGGGUUUGGAACGUAAUUAAUGAUAACAUUUUUAUUUUGGAAUGGAGUAACCCUUUAAAAUAACUCUCUCACAAGAGUAAUGGAAUGGAAUUGUUUUGAUUUUCAUUAUUUCUUGGGAAUCAGACUACACUGGUCAUGCUGUAUGUUUUGGAAUAACUCCUCAGAAUCCUAAGGUGUGGUUUUUUUUUUGU